AUGCGUUUGCAAGUCCCUCUUCUCUGUGACGGCUGCGCUCGCGGGCCUCGCUCGACGAUGUCACUGAUUGCUGCAGAUCCCCUCCCCUGCAUUCUCCCCCCGCACAGCUCAAGAUGAAGGCCCCAGCGGCGUACGUAGCUGGUCUAGGUCGAGGUGCUUCCGGGUUCACGACCCGAUCCGAUAUUGGACCCGCGCGAGAGCAAGUGACGGAUGACGCCGCGGAGGACAAGAACGCCGGCCGAGGCGAGGAGAUCGAUGGCGAUCUGCCCGACCGCUAUCAGGAUCCAGAGAAUGAGACCGGCUUGUUUGCGGGUACGUGGCUGUUUUGCGUGGCGUUCUCGGACCCGAGUGUGAGGGGGGGCCACGUGGGGGUGCAAGCCAGCUGAUGGAACCCCCACCUCGUACGGCGACUGCAAUCUCCUCACAGGCAUGGUCUACGAAGCCGACGACGAAGAGGCCGACCGAAUUUACGAAGCCGUCGAUGCCCAAAUGGACGAGAGGAGGAGAAAGCGCAGGGAAGCGAGGGAGAAGGAGGAGGAGGAAAAGUUCCGAGCCGAACGACCGACGAUCCAGGCCCAGUUCGCCGAUCUGAAGCGUGGCUUGGCCGACAUGACCGAUCAGGAAUGGGACAGUCUACGUGAGUGGUGAUCACGGUGCACACUGGGGGUAACAGUCCGGCAACUGAACUGAACACCUUGCUCAUCCUGCAGCGGAGGUCAACAACUUGAUCGGCAAUCGGAUCAAGAAGCCCCGGCUGGAAGGCCGAAGCUUCAACGUGCCCGACAGUGUGCUCGUAGCUUCUCGAGAUCGCAAUGCCGUCGAGUCGGCUCUCUCAGAAGAGCAAAUGGUAGGUGGUCAUCGGGACAUAUCCUGCCUGAGUCAAAUGCUGAUGAUUCUAGUCACUUUUGUCGAUCGCAGGAGGAUGGGACGAAAACCUCGAUGAACGCUCUGACCGACUUUGCCGAGAUCGGUCAAGCUCGAGAAAAGAUGUUGUCAAUCAAACUUGAACAACAAGCCGGCACAGACUCGGUCUCGGGCUCGACGACCAUCGACCCCAAGGGCUAUCUCACCGGCCUGCAAUCCCAAGUCCUCAAGACCGCGACCGAGAUCGGAGAUAUCAAGCGAGCACGGCAGUUGCUGCAGUCGUUGACCAAAACGAAUCCCAAGCAUGCUCCUGGAUGGGUCGCUGCAGCUUGGCUGGAAAACGUUGCGGGGAAGUCCGUGCAGGCACGCAAGAUCAUUGCCGAAGGGUGCCAGCAUUGUCCCAAGAAUGAGGAUGUCUGGAUCGCCGCGAGCGAAUUGAAUGUGAGGAAAGCUGUGAUCGAAGUAACAUUCAGACGCGCUGACUUCCACCUUCGAACAUUUUACAGACCAACGAUAACGCCAAAGUCAUCCUUGCCAACGCCGUACAAGAGCUCCCCCAGUCCGUGCGGAUUUGGAUGCGGGCCGUUGAGCUGGAGAACGACCCGUCCGCAAAGAAGCGCGUGCUUCGGAAGGCGCUCGAGUACAUCCCCGCCUCGGUCAAAUUAUGGAAGGAGACGGUCAAACGCGAGGAGAACCCCGAGGAUGCGCGCAUCUUGCUUGCCCGAGCCGUCGACGUCAUUCCUCAUUCGCAAGAGCUAUGGCUUGCAUUGGCACGGCUGGAAACGCCCGAUCGCGCUCGACAGGUGCUCAACAAGGCGCGCAAGACGAUCCCGACCUCACACGAGAUUUGGAUCGCCGCCGGUCGAUUGCAGGAGCAAGAAGGCAACACCUCUCAGGUCGACGCCAUCAUCGCAAACGGUGUCGCCGCGCUCAAAAAGAACGGUGCGAUCUUGACUCGUGAGCAAUGGCUCGGCGAAGCCGAACGAUGCGAGAGCGCCGGCAGUAUCGUCACCGCUCAGGCCAUCCUCAAAGCGACGCUGCAUCUCGAUGUCGAAGAGGAGGACCGACAGGAGCGAUGGCUCGAAGAUGCGCAGACCAUGACGAGCAAGGGCUUGAUCGGCUGCGCUCGAGCCAUCUUUGCAUAUUCGCUCAACGUCUUUCCUCACAAGCAGGUGUUGUGGCGGAAAGCCGCCGAAUUGGAGAAGGCGCACGGCACAAGAGAGACGCUGUUGGCGCUCUUGAACAAGGCCGUCGAGUCCGUACCUCAAGCCGAGGUCCUUUGGCUCAUGGCUGCGAAAGAGUCUUGGCUCGGCGGCGACGUCCCCGGUGCUCGCGCAAUUCUGGGCCGGGCAUUCGAGGCCAAUCCCGAGAGCGAAGGUAUUUGGCUCGCAGCGGCCAAGCUUGAGGCCGAGAACGGACAGAUCGAGGCCGCUCGAGAACUCAUGCGACGUGCCGUCGAGCGCGUCGGAACCGAACGUAUUUGGAUCAAGUCCGCCGUCUUCGAACGACAACACGCGACGGCCGAUUCUGCGCUCUCCACUGCCAAAGCGGGUUUGGCUAAAUACGACCGCUCCGCGAAACUGUACCUCAUCCACGCGCAGUUGUUGCUCGCCCAGGAACCCCCUGCCACAAAUGCAGCGAGGGAAGUGCUGGCGACGGCGGCCAAGAAGUGCCCGACUUCGGUGCCGAUCUGGUUAUUGGCUUCGAGGCUCGAGGAGAACGUCGGGUUGCGCAUCAAGGCGCGUGCGUUGUUGGAGAAGGCGAGGAACCUCAACCCCAAGAGCGAAGAGGUUUGGCUCGAGUCGGUAAAGGUCGAGGAGAGGGACGGAAGUGGGGCUGCCAAGGGGAUGCUCGCUCGAGGUACGUGGUCACGUCGGGCUAUCAAAAGUUCAGCUGUGCAUCUCACUGAUCGUUCUUCUUCCGUUGUCCGCCAUAGCUCUGCAAGCGUUGCCGACAUCAGGGAUCUUGCACUCGUACUCGGUGUGGCAAGAACCUCGGGCCACACGCAAGUCGCGAUCGGUCGACGCGCUCAAAAAGGCCAACAACUCGCCCGCCAUCAUCGUCACCGUCGCGCGGCUGUUCUGGGCCGAACGUAAAAUCGAGAAAGCGAGGGACUGGUUCUCGCGAGCCGCGACAGCCGAUGGCGACUUCGGCGAUGCUUGGGCUUGGUGGUGGAAGUUCGAACGGCAGCAUGGCGUCGAAGCCAACAAGCAGAUCGCGUUGGACCAGUGCACACAAGCGGACCCGCACCACGGUCAGACUUGGCAAGUCGUCCUCAAGGACCCUAAGAAUGCUGGCAAGAGCAUGAAGGAGUUGCUGGAUUUGGCUGCCGAUGCUGUGGAGGAGGAGAAGAGCACUGUUGUGUAG